UUCACUCUCUGCUCCACCGCCCUGCGAUACUGCCAUCAGCCACCAUCACUCCCCUUCGUCCGCUCUCUUUGGCCCUCUCAUUCUCCAGCUCUUCACCCUCAUAUAGCAACAGCAACAACAACAAAAUGGCGGCUCCCACAGAAUUGCGAUUCAAGAACCCUGCCAUCUUCAUCUGCGACAUGCAGGAGAAGUUUCGCAACGUCAUCUACGAAUUCGACAGCAUCGUAACCACCACCGUCAAACUCCUCACAUACGCCCAGUCCCUCUCCAUCCCCAUCCACACAACAACCCAAACCUCGGCCAAGCUCGGCCCAACCGUCCCGGCAAUCGCCUCCCUCCUCCCCUCCCCUCCCCACGACAAGACCAAAUUCUCCAUGCUCGUCCCCUCCAUCGCCGCCCAGCUCCCGCCCCAGUCCCGCGUCGCAAUCGUCGGCAUCGAGUCCCACAUCUGCAUCACCCAGACCGCCCUCGACCUCCGCGACGCUGGCCACUUCCCCUACGUCAUCGCCGACGGCGUCAGCUCCUGCAACAGCGCAGAGGUCGGCAUCGCCCUCGAUCGCCUGCGCAGCGAGCCCGGCAUCACCGUCUGCUCCUCCGAGGGCUGGAUGUACGAGUGCCUGGGCGAUGCGUCCCACCCGCUCUUCAAGGGGCUCAUUACCGUUGUCAAGAGCAAGCUGAGCGAAACUUCCAAGGUCCUGAGCGUGCUGCCGCCUGCUCCCAAGAUGUAGAUACUCAUCUGUCAGGCUUGGGAUCUCAAGUGUUUUGGCUCUGUUCUCAUCUUGCUCAGGCUCUUGGUUCGCUGGAUUCGUCUAGUUGUAUAUCUCAUCUUUUUCUCGUUUUGGGUUCAUAUAGAAGGCAGUGGAUAUCUUUGAACAAUACAUACAUACAUACAU